GUCUUAUUACCUUAGAGCACGGACCAGGCCGCUGGUCAAAAAAGGUGUGUUGAAGCCAGACCGGGAGUCGCAAAUCAGCAAUCACUCGCGGAGGCCCCGCUUUCGCUAUAAGACACAGGCACGCCCCGAGCUGGCGCGACCCGUCACCCACACCCUCCAGUUCCCCCUUUCUCCCACAUCCUAAUUGCCAUCUCAAGCGAUAUCUCCAGCGAAGUCUACGGAGUAGUCACUUCAGACUUAUAUCGAGACUCAUUCACCGUUUCAAUUGAUAUACAUACACCAUCAAUCACCAUGCCUGCGAAGAAGUCUGAGACCAAGAGCGAGGGUGCCACCGCCGCGAAGCCCAAGGCCGCCGGCACCAAGCACACCUAUCAGGACAUGAUCACUGAUGCCAUCAUUGCGCUCAAAGACCGCAACGGUUCUAGCCGCCAAAAGCUGAAGCAAUAUGUCAAGGCCAACAACAAUAUCGAGGCGAGCGAGAAUAUGUUUGACGCGCUCUUCAACAAGGCUCUGAAGGUUGGCGUUGAGAAGGGUGUCUUCGAGCAGCCCAAGGGCCCAUCUGGUGGCACCAAGCUUGCCAAGAAGGCCGCAAAGCCUGCUGCACCCAAGAAGGCCGCCGCUCCCAAGAAGGAGCCGGCCGCUAAGAAGGAGACCAAGGAUACCAAGGAGAAGAAGCCUGCCGCCAAGAAGGCUGCGCCCAAGAAGGAGGCCGCUGCCAAGAAGGAGCCCAAGGAGAAGAAGGCUGCUGCUCCCAAGAAGGAAAAGAAGGCGGCGGCUCCCAAGAAGGCGUCCGCGGCCCCCGCUGUCGUCGAGAAGCCCACCGUUCUCAGCAAGACCAAGUCCGGCCGCGUCACAAAGACGGCCGCCAAGCCCGCCGCGACAAAGAAGGCGGCAGCGCCCAAGAAGGCUGCGGCCAAAAAGAAGGAGACGCCCAAGAAGGCAGACAAGGCCGAGGCCACGGCAUGAGCCUUUCCGGUCCUUUUCCAUGAAUGCCUCGCUUUUUUCUUCAUGUUUUUGCGAUGCUACGGUUUGCUUUGGUCUAGUUUGGCGUUUUUGGGGUGUGGUCACUCGGGGAAUCAUUUUUGGGACGCGGGACAACUGAGCAUUUGGGGUACAAGUCGCGAUUGUUGACACGGUUUACGCACGCGCAAGGGUCACUCGGUCGGGUUGCACUUCGAAUCGACGUGAAUGCCGGGGCAGGUGGCAGGGGUUGGCUGGAAUCGCUUUCUUCUGAGCAUGGCAUGCAUACACGCACUCGCUACACAUUUGGUCUCUCUGGACCAGCGAAGCAAACACCACCUUCACCGCUCAAACAGCGCGUCGGGACUUGAGGGCUAGGUGGGCAUUGGGACGCUUGGGCAGGAGCUUGAAAGUCAGGUAACGGCCCAGGGGAGCG